AUGAAUGUGAGGGCAUCCGCAACACGAUGGGAUUGCUCUCCACGCUCAAACCUGGGUGGUCUCCUUGUUCCAACACAGUUGAAUCCGAUUGUCGAUUGGAGAAGCACAGCUGCUGGAAGUUCAACUCAACCUCAACAACAACAACAAACAACCUUGUAUCUAUCAACUAUCCGAACAGACUCACCAAAGGCAAUCAGCUUCAAACCGACCGUCUGGAUGUCCUUCUUCAAACCUCUGGGCAAGAAAAAUCGAGAAGAGGGCACUGAGAAUCUAUUCAAAAAACUCAACUGGUCUCACCAUCUCCUCCAGCAUGGCCAGGACUUCUUUUCCCCCUCCAAGGCCUUCGAACUUGGGAUAACUGCCACUAUAACUGCAAUGGCCUACGACCCUCUACAGUCAUUGUUGGCCGUCGGUACAGCUGAUGGCCAUUUCCAUCUGUGGGGAUCAUCCGGAGUCUCCUCGUCUUGGCAAAAUCGUCCUGCACACUCAAUCAAAUUCUUGACCUUCAAGUCUGGCUCUCCUCUGAUAUGUGCCAUAGAUGUCAAAAACUACCUGACGGUUUACAAUCUCUCUAAAAUUCAAGACGGUUGGCCACUUCGAGAAUUCACUCAUUCAGUACGAUCAACCGUAACGUGAUCUACCUUCUGAUUGAUUUUCCAGUCGCGAGUUUUCUUUCAUCAAGGUUGUUUCUGAUCUUGACUUGCAAUCUUCAAAACCCUUUGUUGUUAUUUAGUUGCUAUGAUGUCUCCCCUGCACA